CUUCACCAAUAUUCUUACCAAAAGCAUUCUACAUGGGUCUGGUUCCUCAUAUACCACUCCCAAAAUGAUGUCUUGUACUGAAUGAAAUGGCUUGUUUGGGUGCUCUUGGUGUGCUUCUCUGCAAUGGCACAACUGCAUAAAGAUCCUACCCUGGAUCACCAUUGGUACCUCUGGAAGAAAACCUAUAGCAAACAAUACAAGGAAAAGAAUGAAGAAGCAGUACGGCGUCUCAUCUGGGAAAAGAAUCUAAAGUUUGUCAUGCUUCACAAUCUUGAGCAUUCAAUGGGAAUGCAUUCAUAUGAUCUAGGUAUGAACCACCUGGGAGACAUGACCAGUGAAGAAAUGGUGUCUUUGAUGAGUUGCCUGAGAGUUCCCAGCCAAUGGCAAAGAAAUGUGACUUACAAGUCAAACCCUAAUCAGAAACUGCCUGAUUCUCUGGACUGGAGAGAGAAGGGGUGUGUUACUGAAGUGAAAUACCAGGGUUCUUGUGGUGCUUGCUGGGCUUUCAGUGCUGUGGGAGCCCUGGAAGCACAACUGAAGCUGAAAACAGGAAAACUGGUGUCUCUUAGUGCACAGAACCUGGUGGAUUGCUCAACUGAAAAAUACGGGAAUAAAGGCUGCAAUGGUGGCUUUAUGACAGAGGCUUUCCAAUACAUCAUCGAUAAUAACGGCAUCGAUUCAGACGCUUCCUAUCCCUACAAAGCCAUGGAUGAUAAGUGCCAUUAUGACUCAAAAAAUCGUGCUGCCACAUGUUCAAAGUACACUGAACUUCCCUUCGGCAGUGAAGAUGCCCUGAAAGAAGCUGUGGCCAAUAAAGGACCUGUUUCUGUUGCUAUAGAUGCAAGUCAUUCUUCUUUCUUCCUCUACAAAAGUGGUGUCUAUUAUGAACCAUCCUGUAAUCAGACUGUGAAUCAUGGAGUACUAGUGGUUGGCUAUGGUAACCUUAAUGGGAAAGACUACUGGCUUGUGAAAAACAGCUGGGGCCUCAACUUUGGUGAACAAGGAUAUAUUCGGAUGGCAAGAAAUAGUGGAAAUCAUUGUGGGAUUGCUAAUUUUCCCUCUUACCCAGAAAUCUAAAGGAUCUCUUCAUUUUAUAACAAGUCAAGAAAGAUGAAACACUUCCUCUUAAUUUUACCUGCUGUGUCCAGAAGAAAUAAGUGUGUCAUGAUCAGUAUAUAUUUACUCUACUAUUUAGAAAAUACAGUUUGAUUCUUCACUUUUUUAACU